CUAAUCCCCAGAUCGCUGUCGUUUCGUCGCCCCCGCUCUUGACGAGCUUUGUGGUUCACUGGGGUGACGUGCGAGGGCAGCUGUAGUGAACACGCAGCGCUUCCCCGUGCUUGGCACCUCGGGCUCCAAAGUGGGGAUGCCUCCCUCGCAAGCGGAAUGCGCAUGUGGAUUAGCAUCACAUCCUCGUUGGAUAAUUCCGUCGGUUAGUCCAGUUGUGGUGUGUCGGAAUGCCCCUUUAUAUCUUUUAAAUCUGUUCUUCCAGGCAAAGAAAAAUGUCACAUUGGAAAUUAAAAUACUUAGGGUGGUGUCUUGCUGAGAACGCAUUUUCAUAAUUAGCAUCUAAGAUAAAGCAGAAACUUUAAUAAACAAUAUAAGUCUUCUUUAUUUCCUUACAUAGAACUGAAGUCCAUCAUUUUGCCAUCAGUCUGUUUGCAAGUUUCUCUUGAUUAAAGGUGUCAAAUUUCUGGGGUAAAACCCCCAACCUGACAGUUCCUAUGAAGCAAAAACUUUCUGAUAUGUUACUACUAGAAAACUGAGGGUAGAACCAGCUUUUUAAAGCAUCUUUUUUUUAUUAGUAUGAGCAUAAGGCACAUCUAAACUGGUAGAAAACUUGUAAAAAAUGUGUUACUGCACUUUCAUUAGUUUUUACAUAGGGGUUUACCUGGUCUGUCAGUUUCUGGACUUAAGUACUGAAUUUUCAUUAAUAAAACUAGAUUGGCUUUUGAUGUCAGAUUUGUCAAUUGUGAAGAGGAACAAAUUCAUGUCCGUGUAAUUUUGCUGUAUAAUUCUGAGCUGAAGCUCUUUCACAUCUCAGAGUAAUGAUCCCUACAUAUAACUUAAUUAAAAACCUACUAGUAAAACCCAAGAUUUCCCUCUGUGAUCUAAAAGAUGAGAAAUAAGGGCCUGAUAUUCUAUUCUACUUACUUUCAGCCACUGAAGUUUAUGCUCACUUACUGUGACAAAAGAAAAAUGAGGAAUUUAGUUCAGGAAAAUCCUAAUUGUGCAAUUAUAUUUUAUCAGCUCUGUUUCCUAAAUUGUUAUAAUUAGGUAGGAAAUUUUUCACUUUGUGUUGCAUAGUGCAAAUUCUGUAUGUUCUGCUCAUUGUUACUAUAGGUUUGAUUUAUUAGUGGUCAGUAAAAGUGGGUUUUAUGUAUGACCCUUGUGGCAUGUUUAGCAUACAGAAUCCCUGUAUUACAGCUGUAGAGUAUAGCAACUCAAUGAGCAUUGUAAAAUACUGUGAAAAGAGCAAGAGUUUAACGUAGAAUUACUUUGUAAAUUCAGAUAGAAUAUUGGAGAAGAGCAAACUAGGUUAUUUUCAGGAAAGUAUAGUAAUUGGAAGUUUGAGCUUCAUGAAUUUGUCUUGCUGUUUAUUCCUGUUGACUGGACUAUGUCACUGUUCAGGUAUGUGUUUUUGUUGGUCUUGGAUUGUGUUAUAUUUACUAUCAUGGAAGAGAUCCAAUCUGAUCAGGCAAAAAUGUGUUUUACAAAAUUAAUGAUAGCUGAGCUUCCUCAGAUUGGGACAUGGUGGUUGCUGAACUUUGAUAUACAAUUAAAUCUAUCCUAUUCUAAGGUGAGAUUACACUAAGUAAACAGCCUUGUUCUUAUCCUUGUUGAUUAAUGAUCUAUAUUUACACGAGAUUGAUGGUUUCUUUAAAGCACCAUGUCAAAGACCAUGAAGUUCUGAAUUAGAGAUACCUAAUAAACAAUAGCACUGUCAUUAGAGGACUUUAUCUCUUAAUUUUAUUGCCACAACAGGGUAGACAAUAAAUUAACAAACAGUGGUGCUCUCCCUGGUGAAUUUUGCUAAUUCUUCAUUUUACAGAGAGUGCUUGUAGAUGCGAGGUGAGCCUAGCCUUUGGUAAAAUGUUUGCUUCAUUGUAAUAAAAAACUAUCUGCAAAAUUAAUAUUUUAACCAACCUAUAGUUUCGUUGGGUUUUUUGGUGGACUGAUUUAUUUAACCUUUGACCAGAAACUUAUCUGCAUAUUUAGAGUAGGUAUGCGCUUAUUUCAUUUUACUUUUGUGUACUAUAUUGUCUCACAUAUUUUUUGAUUUAAAUUUAAGAGCCUUUCAGUAUUUAAUUUCUUGUUUCUAAUUAGUUUUUGAGGGGUUGUUGAAAUAAUUCAGCUAAUUAUAAGAUACUUUUCCAUGUUCCUGUGGUCCUCAGUCAAUGAUUAAAGUGAUAGAAUCCGUAUUUUUUUAAUUUUAUUUAGUUCUCUAUUCUUCUGAAUUAUGUAUUUUCUAGUCAAUUAUGAAUUGACUACUUGGAAAGCAGCACUUAGUAACUGUAGUGCUUUCAAAACGCCCUUUUGGUUUAAACAAAAUAAAUUGCAAAAGUAGUUUUAUUUUUCAAUGGUGUUUUCUCUUUUAAUUUGUUAUUAGAAGUGUUAUUUUUAACAGUUACUUGUUUAGUUGUGGCAGUAAAGCUUCACUGUAGGACUCAACAUGUUUUAGAUAGUGAAAGUAGUGCAACCUCAUCAGUGUCAUUUCAAGCCUAUUGCAAAACUAAACCUUCUUUUACUGCCAGUGAAGUCCAUUUGGCCGCCCUUGCUCUUUUGAAACAUCCUUAGGUAGUUGGAUACUUAGUAUAAAUGCUAAAGACAUGAAGUAAACGAAUUACUCUUGGCAUCUGUCUAGUCAGUUCCUCUCUGAUCCCAAACUGAACACUUUGCCUUUUUUUCCUUAAUUUGGUUUAGUUUGGAUAGCCAGCAUACCAAAGCACUGUGAGUAAUGAGUGUGAAAUGAAAGUAACAAGCCUGUGGAAAUAACGCUGUGCAAGAGAUGAGAGAGAUGUGAGGGUAGGGUGGUGGAGAAGCUUGGGCACCCAAGUAUAGCCACAGCUCUUUCCUGUGCUGGUGAAAUGUGUGUACCCAGGAAGGAUUUUUAGUGCUGAGGUCAAGUGCUGUGUUUGGCUCACUUUACUGCUAAUCAGCUCUCGCAGCCUUAAAUCAGAGUAGCUGCAUGCAAACUGCCUAUUUAUAGUAACCCAAAAUAACUCCUAAACUGUAUCCAGGCAUAGCUUGGGUGAGUGUUAGAUGUCUUGGACCAAAAUGGUGUGAGAAUAAUGCAAUCACACAUGCUGGCAGUGUUUAAUGCUAUCUCUUAAUUUGUUAGGGUCAAUGUAGUCUGGGUAUGCAGUGAAUGUGAGUUACUGGUGUCUAACAGGAGGUGCUCCUGGGGAGAGCUUGGAACUGUUACCUGGUGGGCUGUGGGGGACACAGGGACCAGAGUUCCUUGCAUGAAAGGCUAAGGAGAACAUCACACAUUCAUGGGAGCCUACACUUCAUUAGUUCCACUGUUUACAAAACAGUUCUUUGUAUUAAAGUUUUUUAUAGAACAGUCUGAAUUUUCUUGAUGAAAAGAUAAACCCGUGUAAUAUUUUUAUUUGCCUUCAAGCUUUGGAUUGCAUUUGCAGGCUUUUCUCCACAACCAGGAAGGCCUAACAAUUUUUUUCUUUAGAGGAAUACGUUUCGUGUAGUUGCUUGUCUGCUUUAUAAAAAAUACCAGUGCUUUAUAGAAACAUAAAUAUUUAGAGAUUUGUAAUAAAGUUAGAUUUGCUGGCAGAUAGUUACCUUUGUAUUGAAAACUAUCAGCUGGCUUUCUCAGCGAUGCUGUCAGGAGAGGAAUCUAAUUAGAAUGGCUUCAACAUAAAUGGUUUCAUGGGUCAUUAUUAUUUAAAUAAACUGUUGGGCCUUUUAGAAGAUAGGAGGGUUACAGUCCUGAUUAUUUGGCUACCGCCCAGAAAUAUAGCUAAUUAAAUUGCUGUAAUGUUGUUUUUUAUUUACCCUUAAAUAAUAAGUAUCAGAGCUGGGAUUUGUUAGCAGAAAACUUCUAAUAAUUUAUAAACAAAUUGGGAAAUACUUAUUUCUAAGUAAAAUGUACUCAUCCCUAAUGCUAAUUAGCACAGAUUUAAUUAUUAACUUGAAGUCUAUGGACCACUUAUGUUAACGACAGUUGUUAAAUACUUUAAAUAGAAUGGUGAAUUCUGAGGAAGAAGCAGCUAUUGUGUUGAGCCACUUCUAACUGAGGACUGAAAAUGCGAGCAGUUGAAAGUGAGGCAAAGGCAAAAACCAAAGUUCGCUUUGAGGAAAUCUUCAGACGCCAUGCUGGCCUAGCAGACACAAAGAAAUCAAAGAAAAAGAAGUUUGACUCUCAAGAGAGUAUUGUGCUUGAUACCUUUAGAAAUAAUAUUGAUCUAUCUAAGGAAAGUGUGAAUGAUGAAGCAAUUAUAAACAACACAUAUAAUCCUGAGGAGGAGAGCCCAAGAUUUACAAAAAAUAAAUUGAGAGAGAAAGCGUCAAUUGCAAAGAAAAUAAACAAUGAUGUUGUUAGUGAAGAAGAGAACAAGCAGCCAAAGUCGAACAGGAAGAAAAAGAAAUCACUGUUACAAGAACAAUUUAAUGAGGAGGAAAAUUUAUAUGAAGCUAAAUUGGGGAGUUUUGAAGAAAAGACUUAUGAUUUUCCAAAGAAGAAAACAAAAAGUAAAUCACAAACAGAUGUACCUCAUCAAGAAGGUGAUAGAAAGAUCAAAAAUUCCUUGACUGAAGUGAGAAAUAUAACUGAAUUAGAAGAGGAAGAGCAGCUAAUUCAAGCCUAUCAACUGCAUGUGGCUGAGGAAGAGGCAAAUGCAAUUAAAAAGAAAAUGAGAAAGAAACUUAAAGAACAGAUGUCUGAAUCUACCUCCACUGUUCAAAGGCAUGAAGUUGCACUGAAUAAUGAAGUGGGCAAAAAGAAGAAAAAGAAGAAAGAGCGAGCAGUUUUAAGUGAAGCUGAAACAAGUGCAAUGUCCCUUUCUGAGCUGCAGCAUCAUCAUCCAGAAGAAGGUGGCAAUGAAAAUCAGUCACCUGAAAGAUUGUUUACAUCAGAAAGGAUGGAUAAACAGAAACCUAAAGCCAAGAAGGUUAAGAAGAAAACCAGAAAAGAAACCACAGAAGUUGCUGCAGAAAAUGAUGAGGAAAUGAAGAAUUCCGAAAUUUCAACUCAGUCUAAAUUUGUUUUUGAUGAUGAUCUUGUUUUGGGAGUUUAUAUCCAUCGAUCAGAUCGACUUAAAAUUGAUCACUUGGUAUCUCAUCCUGUGGUUAAAAUCCAUAUUGUUGAUCAGAGAAGUGGCUUAUAUGUGAAGAAGGAUUAUAGCAAGAAGGAAGAUUCAUCUUACAAACAAGAAGAAAUAGAGCACAUUCUUCCUAUAAUGACACAACCAUGUGACUUUAGAAAAUCUAAAUCAACAAUUCCAGAAUGGGAAGAGCAAGUAAUAUUUAAUGAGUGUUUUACUUAUUUUAUUCAAAACACUGAGGAAAACCCUCAGGUUAUCCUGUUUUUUGAGGUUCUUGAUUCUCCAAGUGUGCAUGAACUGAGAGCCAACUCUGAUGUAAAAAUCCAGGAAGGUCGUUACCGAAAAAUUUGUUGGGCAUUUCUAAAGCUUGUAGGUGCAAAUGGAGUUCUAAAUGUUGGUGGAAAACUUCGUCUGCAGUUAUAUUAUCCACCUUCAAGGACCAAGUCACAUUCAAAUGUUGUUGAGGUUUAUGACUGGUGGGCAAAGUGUCCUAGAAAUCGUUACCCAUCAACUUUAUAUGUAACUGUAAAAGGCCUAAAACUGCCAGAUCAUGUUGGUCCUUCUUUUCACUCUAUGGCAGCUGUUCAACAGGAACAAAGUAAUACAGCACUGUCAGAGCUCCAGAGAGAAGGAUGUGAAUCUUCUUCAGAGGAGAAAAAGGAGCCAUUUAAAUGGUCAAGAUUGCCUGGACAGGCUUGCCGCAUUCCCAACAAGCACCUGUUUUCCCUGCGAGGUGGAGAUAUGGGCUGCUUCUGUAUCCGCUUCUCUCAUGACGGGAGAACACUGGCAGCUGCAUGUGCAGGAAGGAAUGGCUAUCCCGUUGUUUUGUAUGAAAUUCCUUCUGGACAGUUCCUGAGAGAAUUUUAUGGUCACCUUAACAUAGUGUAUGAUCUUUGUUGGUCAAAAGACAAUCAAUACCUUCUUACUGCUUCCUCUGACGGCACUGUCAGAAUGUGGAAAAUAGAAAUGAAGGCAGCGUCUGCAGUGAGAGUUUUCCCUCAUCCUUCAUUUGUCUACACUGCCAAGUACCACCCAAUUGCUGACUUGUUGGUUGUGACAGGAUGUUACGACUCAGUGAUUAGAAUCUGGAAUGCAAAUGUGAAAGAAAUCCAUGGGCAGCUGCUGCAGGAGCUUGAUGGACAUAAAAGUUUCAUCAACACACUUUGUUUUGAUGCAGAAGGACACCACAUGUUCUCGGGAGAUAGUUCAGGACUGAUAAUAGUUUGGGAUACACCUGUCAAAGGAAGUUCUCCACACCUUUUUCAACAGUGGAAGAUCAAUAAGGAAAUAAAAGAAAAUGAUAUUAAAGGAACACCAAUAAAUCAUUUGGAAGUGCAUCCGAAUGGAAGGCAUUUAUUGAUCCAUGCCAAAGACAGUACCCUGAGAAUUAUGGAUCUCAGAAUCUUGGCGACAAAGAAAUAUGUAGGUGCCACAAAUUACAGAGAAAAGAUUCACAGCACCUUAACACCAUGUGGUACGUUCCUGUUUUCAGGAAGUGAAGAUGGAAAGGCUUAUGUUUGGAAUCCAGAAACAGGAGAUCAGGUGGCCAUAUAUUCUGAACUCUCAUUCACAUCACCACUUCGUGAUGUUGCCUUUCAUCCACAUGAACACAUGGUGUCUUUUUGUGCCUUUGGUCAAAACCAUCCAAUACUUGUAUACAUUUAUGAUUACAAAGUUGCACAACAGGAAGCUGAACUCGUAAGAGAUCUCAGUUCUUCACUUACCACAGCUGCACCAAGAGGGCCGCACUUCUUUAGCAGUUUUUCUGAAAUUCCUGUACCAAAAAACUCACUGAUGUCUCCAGCAGAUCAGUUUGUCAAUGCUGCAAGAGCAUCAAUGAGAAUGCAGAAGGUGAAGCAAAAACUUGAUUCUGUUUUGGCAAACUCAAAUCUCUUGCUUCCUGCACCAUCAUCUCUGUCACCACACUCCAAGCUAAGACUACCGGGUACUCUGAGUAUUCCACUGAAUCCUCUGUAUUCUUUCACUGCUGAAAGUGGGUGCUUCAGCCCAGUAGGAAAUCCUCUUAGUCGAACACUAUUGGGUAGACUACAGAAGAGUGAUGACAGCCUGACUGCACUGGGAGUGGGAGGAGGAAACAGUUGUCCACCCGGGCAAGAGACAGUAGUGGCUCUUUAUGACUACACAGCGCAUCGAUCAGAUGAGCUAACCAUCCAUCGCAGUGACAUUAUCCAAGUGUUAUACAAAGAUAAUGAUAACUGGUGGUUUGGCAGCCUAGCAAAUGGACAGCAAGGCUAUUUUCCAGCUAAUUAUGUGGCUGGUGAAAAAGAAUAUGAAGAACAACCUUCAGGAUUAGUACCAGAUUCUGCUCCUCUCCUACCAGAAGGACCAACAGAAGCAGAGGAAGGUUCUCUGACACUAGAUAAGAUGUCACCAGUCACCAGUAAGUCAGCGGACCUGAAAUUUAUCUCCAAACAUGACACAGAUAGAGACUCACCUGCAACACAAGGUACAAAGAAAAAGAAGAAAAGGAUACAAAGGAAUGAGAGAGAAAAUCAGUACAACUUAAUGAGUGUCGAUACUCCUCUGUCAUCAGUUACAACUAAUGGUGUUGAAAAUGAACCUACAUCCCGUGGGGAUGUGGAAUUGAAGAAGAAGAAGAAAAAGGCAGCAAGAGGCUCAAACUUAAGCACAAAUGGAAGGACAAAUAUUGCCUUUGAGCCCGAGUGCCAUGAUGCAGAGGCAUAAUUUAUUUCUGAAUACUGGGGUGAUGUUCAUUACACACGUUGAAGGCUGCAAUUAUGAUCUCUCUUCUAGGAUUAACAACAAAGAAAUUAAAAUACUUAAAUAUGCAAAAUGGUACCAGUUGUGACUUAUCAGUGGUGCAAGCCUGUUUUGGAUGACUUUUGCCCUGGGUUCCUUGAAAUCAACAGAACUUGGAGGUUCAACUCCUCACUGGACUGGAAAAGAGCUGUAACUGUCAAAUACAAUGUUUCCUAAUUUGAUAUCUGAUUAAAUCGUCGUUUAGGCAUUUAUCUAGGCUGUAGAUCCAUCCAUUGGGAGCAAAGAAUCAAGUAAAAAAGUGUGAUCUAGAGCAAAACAAGCCCAACCACUAGGUAAGUUAUUAAAUUAGCAUUUUAAAGUAUGCUGUAAGUAAAAUAGAAGAGUGUUCAUAAUGAUAAAAUACCAAAGGAGUGCUGACAUUAAGGUGUACCUCUGAAAACACAAGCUUUCAAAAAAUAUUUUCUUGGCGUCAAAUAUCUGUUUGGACUGCAUUUUGCAGCUCUGAAGGGAAUUGUGGAGUAACUACCUAUGCAACUACACUGUCUUCAGUAGGACUACUUUUUCUUAUCAAAAUAAAUUAGUUUUUCAAAUUCCAGGCAGUUGUAUUUUUCAAAUGAGGUGUACUGCACAUGGUAAAGAUUCAUUGCAGUUUUGUCAGAGUUCCUGGCUGCUUUGGCAGCACUCAUGCCAAAUAUGCUUUCUUUUGUCUGAAUGAAAUACUUCAUAUCUAACUAUGCUGUUUGUUUUACUUGUAGUCCUUAUUCACUUGUAAGCAUCGUUAAUCUAUUUUUUUACUUGAGUAUUGUUUUGUGAACUUUUCCUAAUGACUUUGCUAAUUAUCUACAGUGUUAAAUAAUUUAUAUUUUAUAUUAAACAAAACACUCUCUAUCA